AUGGAACUUCGAGAAGCCUUUAUAACAUUUCUCAAUUACAUUAAGAAUCAGUAACAGGUGACAUAAAUAUUGAAGAAUACAAUUGAUAAAAUAGUCACCCAAUUGCAAUCCAAAGCAACUGAUGGUGAAAUAAAAUAGCUUAUUUUCUAAUCAACAUCUCAUCACCAAAGAGUCAACUCUCAACCCACUAAACCUCCAUUGGUAGUCAAAUAGAAUGCGCUUAUUGGAUUGACGGCCUUCAAUUUAAAACCUCAGAGGAAAAUCUCAGAAUAAUAAAAAGUAGCAAUUCCUCAAGAUACUCGAUAACUAUAUAGCAACUUAGAAAUUCAAAUUAAUAAAUAAAAGCAACAGGAAAUACAUUCAGGCAAAUUUGAACCCAAAACCCUUUUACUUAAUGAUCUUAUGCUUUGUGUAAAGUAGUUCCAAUACAAUACAGAAACUCUCUCUCAAAUAUAUAGUCAUACUUCAGAAAUACAAACCGCCUAUGGUAUUCGAGUUAGCCAAGAUAUACAUGGAUCCGGUUAAAUCAAUCGAAAAGGAUCGAAUAAAUUAUUCGCUGGAUAUAAUAGUAAAUUGAUGAGUGAUGACCAGUUGGUUGCCAUCCAAAACAAUUUUCUUAUGAAAAAACAAAUAGUCAAAGGAUGUCCCUAAGACUACAUAAAUCAAUCCCCAUUGUUCAUGCAAAAGUAGAUCUUCUUAAUAUGA